CGCCCAGCAGGUUUCGGGGCCCGGGAUGGGGACACAGUGGGCGAGGGGGAAAGGGCACUGACGGAGUGCAGGAAAGGAGGGCAAGAGACCUGCAAAGUCAGGCAAGAUUUUCCAUCCUUUCCCCCACCCCACACCCUCCACACCCCUCUUCCUCUGGAGGAACCUCAUCUCUUCAUCUUGGGCCCUUUCUGAGAGCUGUAGUUGCUGCUUUUUCUCUGUGGGCUGGAGUGCAGAUAUCCAUAUAUACACGCCCCCUGUUCUCAUCCCCUUAUCCUGUUGGCUUUAGAUGAUGUCUGUUACAGAUCAAGCGUUUGUGACACUCGCUACCAAUGAUGUUUACUGCCAGGGAGCUCUUGUUCUUGGACAAUCCUUGAAAAAUCACAGGAUAACAAGAAAACUGGUGAUACUAAUUACAUCUCAAGUCUCUAGUCUAUCGAGGGAUGUUCUCUACAAAGUUUUUGAUGAAGUCAUUGAAGUGGAUUUAGAAGACAGUGCUGACUAUGUCCACUUGGCUUUGCUGAAGAGACCAGAACUUGGUGUAACCUUCACUAAACUUCACUGUUGGACUCUUACUCAUUAUAGCAAAUGUAUCUUUAUGGAUGCUGAUACAUUGGUGCUGUGUAAUAUUGAUGAGCUAUUUGACCGUGAAGAGCUCUCUGCGGCCCCAGACCCUGGAUGGCCAGAUUGUUUCAACAGUGGAGUAUUUGUUUUCCGACCGUCUUUAGAAACCCAUAGCCUGCUGAUGCAGCAUGCAGUGAAACAUGGAAGUUUUGAUGGGGCUGACCAAGGAUUAUUGAAUAGUUUCUUCAGUAACUGGGCAACUUCAGAUAUUCGCAAACAUUUGCCAUUUCUCUAUAACUUGAGCAGUAGCACCAUCUAUACCUAUAGACCUGCUUUCAAUAAAUUUGGCUCGGAUGCAAAAGUGGUCCAUUUUUUGGGGCCAUCAAAGCCUUGGCACUACAAAUAUAACCGUCAGACUGGCUCAGUGAUUUCGGAGAGCUUAACUUCAGAAUCUCAGCAUCAUGUCUCAUUUCUUGAUCUCUGGUGGAAAAUAUACGAUGAGAGCAUUGUGCCUUUUUUCGAUAAACUCCAGCAUGUAGCAGAGCUUGAAUCUCAAGAACAAACAAGUACUCUUUGUGGUACUGGUGAACCAUGGGAAAGCUCAAAUUCAAGCCAAAAUAAUAGCCAGUAUUUCCCUGUUCAGAAGUUUCCAGAACAGACACUGGAAAUAACUCAUCCUAUUCUGACACCAGAAGAGGUGACCAAGAAAGAUCAGCCAGUCCAUAAAGAUGAACACAAUUCUCCUGAGAGUUUCCUGGAAUCAAAUAAUGAACCACUUGUAGAGUUCACCAGUGACUCUGUUCCUCUACACAGUUUGGAGCAGCCAGUCCAUAAAGAGGAACCCAAUUCUCCUGAGUGUUUCCUGGAGCCAAACAAUGAACCAUCUGCACAGUUUACCAGUGACUCUGUUUCUCUACACAAUUUGGAGGUGGAUUUGGCCUUUUCUGUAGCAGAGCUUUCCAUUCAACAGAAAGUCAAGGAACCCAGUGCAGAAGAGGAAAGGAGGAAAUGGGAAGAAGGGCGGGUGGACUACAUGGGAAAAGAUGCCUUUGCACGUAUUCAGGAAAAAUUGGAUAGAUUUUUACAGUAGUCUUGUCAGUUGUGUCUGCGUUCUAGCGCAAAUGUCAUUGUCAUUAUGUUCAUGCUUUUGCAAAAUGACAAAAAGUCUCUUCUAGCCCUUAGUAAUGGGGAAGGCCUUUUAAAUGAUGUGCCUCUAUUUAUUUUCAGCCAACUUGAGUGCCUAAAUACAAGUAGUGCAGAAAAUUCAAGUCUAGCUUGAAAUACCUGGUGACCCAAGAUAAAUAACUUCUAGUUUUCACUAUUAGAUCUGUACCUCACUUAAUCUUGCCAGCAAAAUGAUUUAGAAUAACUAUAGACUUUUUGGUAAAAGUAUGUAUUAUAACAGGAAGGAUACCUAAAAUGUAGACCUAUUCAGGUGCAAAAAUGUAGAUGCUUAGUAUAGUUGGAAAUCAUGCAUCAAGCCUUGCUGUUCACAUUUCUGUAAUAAUGCUAGGAGAUGCAGUUGAUUAUAUGGGAAAGCUUGAUGAUAAAUGGAUCUGUUCCUGUAUGGUUAAGUUAAAUUUCAGUAACUCACCUUUUUAAUUUCACUUGCAGUUUUAAGAUCUCAUGAACUCUUUUGAUGUCUCUGCCAGGAGCUCCGAUUCUGAACAUACCACAUAGAGAGGUGUUCACCUGACUGAUAAAAGAGUCUCUUUAGUGUUACGUAGAGGAAUUGGCAUAGUGUUUCUGAAGAACUCAUAUUUUAUUUCAGUUUUCCAUAGACCAGCUUAUUGUGGCAAUACCUGAAAUACUGAGAGGAAAGUAAAUUUAUAGUGUCUGUUAAAUUGUAUCUCUUCCCUCCUCCCCUUAUCAAUAUAUAUCUAAGACUCACUACCUCAGUUUUAACUAACUUAUUUAAUCAUGGUGCUCUAUAAACUCUUUCAACAGAUUCCAAGGAAUUCUCAGUUUUAUGAGACUGAUUGCUAAAUUUUAUGAGAAGUUCUCAAAAGAGUCUAUGUUUCAUGAACCUACCAUGGAUGUUGUUACAUUUCUUAUGACCACUGUUACAGACCAGGCACAUUCAUCAUAAUAACUAGGGAAUUUCACCCUAUUGAAAAGAGAGGGGAAAUUAAUUUUUGAAAUUUUUAGUGGCUUAUUUAUCAUAAGCCUACUGAAAAAUGAAUGACUAGUUUGCCAUAUAUUUUGGAGGGGCUGGGAAGUUCACCUGUGUCCUGUGGUGUUUUAAUUGAAUCAGUAUAUUUGAAAACAUUUGAGAUCUCCCUGAGGUUGUUUGGUUCUGGGUCAGGGAGAUCCAAAUGAACUUUGAAAUAGCUCUUUUCUGUUAGGGCAUCAGUUUAUCCAGGGAAGUAGGAUUUAGAAGCUUCAUUUCUGCUUAAGACUGAAUGAUGGCUGACCCAAUCGUCCUUGCUAGUACCAUAUGCAUAUUGGUUAGUGAAAGUUUAUUUAAAAACAAUUUUAAAAGGGCAUGAGUUGUGUGUCAAAUAUAGAACUGGUGAUCUAAUAUUAUUGGAAGUCCACCAGUACUAAUUGUUUGAGAAAGGAAUGAAAAUAUUGUGUGUUAUGUUAUUGAAUAGUGGAUGAAAAUAGGUCUAAAUCUAACAAAUGAGGUGGAACACAUAAGAUGUGGAGUUAAGUGAACUAGCUUUAUUCUCAGCUUCUUUUGUCUCUGGAGAUGUGUGUCAACAGAGACAGCUAAACUGUCCUCUGAUACAAAUUAAACUGUGCAGGUCAAUCUUGCUAUGCUCUAUUAGCAUCAGUAUUUUUCAUCUCUUUUGAACUGUUCUCAUUUAAAGGUUGUAUAAUCUACUUGUUUGUGCUUUGCAUGUGUGUCCUGGGAACACAGGAUGAUGUUUUAUGUUCAAAGGGAAGCAGUUUUAUUACACAUUUCCAAAUUCUCCAAAUAAAAAAAAUAA